AUGGCCAAUAAAUCCAUACUUCUGUACUUUCUACUGGUGGCAUUUAUCAUAGUGAACCUCCUUUCUACUCAUUCUUUUGCUGAAGCAAAUGACGAAAUGCAGGUUUUGAUAGAUUUCAAGGCAGGCCUAAACGACCCUGACAAUCUUCUAGCUAAAUGGAAUGAAAACAAAGGAAAUCAAGAUCCCUGCAAAUGGGAUCAUGUUUCAUGUAAUGAAAAUGGAAGUGUUAUUGGCCUCGAUUUGGGGGAUACUAAAAUUUCUGGGCCCAUCUCACCAGGGCUUGGUUAUCUAAACUCCUUACAAAAUCUGGAUCUGCACAACAGUUCAUUUAAUGGGUCUCUCCCUGAUACUCUAGGGUAUCCCAUGUUUCUGAGAUUCAUUAUUUUGAACCUCCUUUCUGCUCAUUCUCGUGCUCAACUAGAAAUAGAGAUUUUGAUGGAUUUCAAGGCAGGCGUAGACGACCCAGACAAUGCUUUAGCUAACUGGAAUUCAGAAAUAGAAGACCCUGAUCCCUGUGAAUGGUUUCAUGUUUCAUGCAAUCACAAUCAAAGAGUUAUUAGUCUGGAUUUGAGGGAUACUAGGAUUUCAGGCCCCAUCUCACCAAGGCUUUCUGAAUUAACCUACUUAGAAAAUCUGGAUCUUUACAGAAGUUCAUUUAAUGGAACUCUACCUGACAGUCUAGGGAACCUGAAGUUCCUGAAGGAGCUUGAUGUUUCUAAAAACCAAUUGACUGGCCAUAUACCUAGCACUUUUAAUAAACUCUCUCGCCUUCACAUCUUGUAA